AGGCUCGGCGCUCCGAGGGCCGCGCUCGCCCCCAGCGCGGGCUCCAGGGCUGUGCGCACCACCCACCGCGCGGGGGGGCGGCUGAACCCGCACCCGGAGGGCGCGGGGGUCCCCAGGACCCCGGGGCUUUGGGCGGCUGCCGCGCGGCCUUGCGGAGGAGGCUCUCCCCCCCCCACCCCCCGCUUGCAGUCGGGGCGCGGGCCUGGCCCGUGAGCCGCGCGCGGUAUGGGCAGAUGCUUCUUCUACACGGCGGGGACACUGUCUCUGCUGCUGCUGGUGACCAGUGUCACGCUGCUGGUGGCUCGAGUCUUUCAGAAGGCGGUGGAUCAGACCAUCGAGAAGAGUAUGGUGUUACGAAAUGGGACCCAGGUCUUUGACACCUGGGAGAAACCUCCUCUGCCUGUGUACACCCAAUUCUAUUUCUUCAACGUCACCAAUCCAGAGGAGGUCCUCCAAGGAGAAAUCCCCCGGCUAGAAGAAGUGGGGCCAUACACCUACAGGGAACUCAGGAACAAGGCAAACAUUCAGUUUGGAGAAAAUGGAACAACCAUAUCUGCUGUCAGCAAUAAGGCAUAUGUUUUUGAACGAAACCAGUCUGUUGGCGACCCUAACGUGGACUUGAUUAGAACAGUCAAUAUUCCUCUGGUGACUGUUGUGGAGCUGGCCCAGCUGCCCAUCUUCAGAGAGCUCAUCGAGGCCAUGCUGAAAGCCUACCAGCAGAAAAUGUUUGUGACCCACACUGUGCACGAACUCCUCUGGGGCUACCGAGAUGAGAUCUUUGCCCUCAUCCACGUCUUCAAACCUGACCUAUCUCCUAACUUUGGCCUGUUCUAUGGGAAAAAUGGAACGAACGAUGGAGACUAUGUUUUUCUAACUGGAGAAGACAAUUACCUUAACUUCACAAAAAUUGUGGAGUGGAAUGGAAAAACGUCUCUGGACUGGUGGACCACAGACACGUGCAACAUGAUUAACGGGACCGACGGAGACUCUUUUCACCCGUUAAUAACCAAGGAUGAAGUCCUCUACGUCUUCCCAUCUGACUUCUGCAGGUCGGUACAUAUAACUUUCAGCGGCUUUGAGGAAGUAGAAGGUAUACCUGCUUUUCGGUAUAAGGUGCCCGCAGAAAUAUUAGCCAAUACCCCUGAAAAUGCUGGCUUCUGUAUACCAGAAGGGAACUGCAUGGACUCAGGAGUGUUGAAUGUCAGCAUCUGCAAAAACGGUGCACCCAUUAUCAUGUCCUUCCCACACUUUUACCAAGCUGAUGAGAAGUUCGUGUCUGCCAUAAAAGGCAUGCGUCCAAACAAGGAAGAACACGAGACCUUUGUGGACAUUAACCCUUUGACUGGAAUUAUUUUAAGAGCAUCCAAGAGAUUCCAAAUCAACAUUUACGUUAGGAAGCUGGCUGACUUUGUUGAAACGGGAAACAUUAGGACUAUGGUUUUCCCAGUGAUGUAUCUCAAUGAGAGUGUUGUCAUUGACAAAGAGACUGCACGUCGAUUGAAGUCCGUGGUUAACACAACUUUGAUUGUCACCAACAUACCCUACAUUGUCAUGGCACUGGGUGUGUUCUUUGGCUUGGUGUUCACGUGGCUUGCAUGCCGAGGACAGGGGUCUAUGGAUGAAGGAACGGCAGAUGAAAGGGCACCCCUCAUACGAACCUAACGGAACUUACCUGACUCCUGACCUUGAUGAGAGAACUCGUGAACUGUCCUGACCCGGACCAGGACCGGGGAAACCCUGCACCCCCGCAGGCCCUUGGCCUGUCAAGAAGAGAAAGAAGCCACAGUGCUGGCAAGUGAAGAGAGCUUCCUGGACAGAGGGUAAUGAGCAGGGUGACGUGGCUGGUCGUUAUGCUUUAUAAAAUCAUGUCUUCUAAAAUUGUCUUAAUGUGUCUAGGGAGUAUUUAAUAAACUUGUAUAGAAACUUUUUUUGUGGUUGGGCUCUGGGAGCUAUGGGAUUUUGUGACCCCUGUUGUAGAUACAAUGUCUGCAUCACUUGUUAAUGUUAAUUGGCCUCACUUGAUUCAGUAUGCUUCACUCUCCAAACUCUGUGUUCAAAAUACCUAUGUAUGGCUUUCUGUUCUUCUCCAUUCACCUUCCUACACAGAAGGAAGAAUGUGGUACCCAGGGUAAAAUGAUAGCUUCAUGUAACGUACCAAGCAGAUGUAUCUGAUUUCCUUCUUUAAAACGUCACAGUUUGCAUUUCACCCCAAUCUUCAGGAAAAUAACUCAGUCUUUCAACUAUUUUAUAGUGCGUAGGAACCAAGUGGGACAGGGGUCGGGUGGGGUGGGGUGAUAUGUGUAAGUAGAUAGCGUUGAGCUCCUGAAGGUUUCUAGUUGUGCUUUGGUGAAGCAAGAGGAUUCACCAGAAAUGUUGGUGAGACAGAUACUUCAUUUAGAAUAGAGCUCAGUGUUAGUUAUGGCACUUAGAGGUUAGUUGUCUUUUGUAAUCGAAUUCAUCUUGAUGUAGAAACAUGCUUCUGGGAGAAUGGACUUAAUGACAUCUCUGCCAAAUAGGACUGUGAUAAUAAGUGACCGUGACUGCCAAAUACUGAGUGGUAAUUUACUUGUAAAAUUAUGAAUGUUGGAAGUCCAUUUGCCCGUAGCUUACAUUACAUAUAGAUCCAGAUUAGACACACAUUUCUUCUGGACAAGACUGUCACUAAGUGCCCUCUGCCUCCUGUGACAAUCAUUUUUCUAACAGAAUGGCAAGUGUGUAGAGUGCUAGACAGAUAAGGAGUCAGGAGAAGAUGCCAAGCUGCUUCUCUUUGGAAGGCACUGGCUUCCAGUGGAGGACUGAGGACAUCAGCCAUCUUGGAGGGUAUUGUCCAUGAUUCUCAGAGUCCACCAUUGAUUUUUUUGUUUGUUUGUUUUCUUUUCUUUUUCUUUUUUUUUUUUUUUUUUCUUUUUCUUUUUUUUUGAGACAGGGUUUCUCUGUGUAGCCUUGGCUGUUCUGGACUUGCCUUUGUAGACCAGGCUGGCCUCAAACUCAAAGCAAUUCACCUGUCUCUGCCUCCCUGGGUGCUGGGAUUAAAAGCAUGCACCACCCUGCCCGGCUAGUUUUGUUUUUUUGAGACAGGGUUUCUCUGGGUAGCCCUGGCUGUCCUGGAGCUCAUUUUGAAGACCAGGCUAGCCUCAAACUCACAGAGAUCCACCUGCCUCUGCCUUCCAAGUGCUAGGAUUAAAGGGGUGCACCACCAUACCCAGCUUCCACCAUUGAUUUUUACAAUUAAUCCCAUAUAUUACCUGGCUGAUAGCUUAUAGAAUUUCCUGAAAACUGUAUUUUGUUGUUUAAAACUAAAUUUCAAUAUAAGCAAAAUUUUUUAAAACAAAUUUCACAUACAUAUUUGGAUAUAAAAUGUUGCUUCAAUACACAGGCCAGGCCCAAGUUUUCCUCUCUUGACACUAAAGCAAUGUGGGAUGUUUCCCUUGCCUUUUAUUUUGGUAUUUUUGAGACAAGGUCUCUAUGUAGCCCUGACUGUUCUGGAACUCACUAGGUAGACAGAGAUCCUUCUGCCUCUGUGUCCUGAGUGCUGGGAUCAGUGAGCUUGGCUGAUACUUUCCUUCCAGAAGAGAUAAUUUGUUAAAUUUUCACCUUUCCUACUAAUCAAAGUAGAAAUAUUAGGUACCCCAAACCACCAAAAUGUAAAGACUAAGCUGAAAAUAUUUGAUCUUUAAUAAUGGCAAAUAUUUUUAGACUUUAUCGAUAUUUAACUAGAUAACUGGUGUAUCUUAGUAUUCAUGCACCAGGACCGGCUCUCACACUGUAGCCCAGGCUGGUUUGGCACUCACUGUGUAGCAUAGCUGACCUCGAAUUUAUGGUGAGCCUCCUGCCUCAGCCGCCCAAGUGCUGAGAUCACUGGCAUGCACUACACCUGUCUUUAUGCAGCUACUUAUCCACACUAAUAAAUUGAUAAGCUAGUGCAUACUAAUUGGUUCAUUCCUAUUUUCAGGGUAUAAUCAUCUCUGAGGAGAUAUUUAUAAACACAGAAAUUAGAGCAACCGGUGAUGUACACGGUAGACUGAAUCUCACAUAGAAAAGGAGACCGAAACAGAUUACUCCUUUAUUGGUGCCAUGAUUAUUAAUAGUGAUGGCUCACAACUCACAUUUGAUCUUUUCCUUCUAAACCCACAAGCCACAGUGAGGAUUAUAGGUUGACUAACAACAGAUAUGCCCACUUGGUGUGGGUUUGAAGAUAGCAAGUUGUUCUCUGUGUUCAUUGUUUUGUGGCGAUUGUCUUGGAAAGGCCCCAGAGGCUGUGGUCCUCAUGGCUUUCACACCACAGAAUGGCAGGGAAGGGGGAGAGCACAGGGUGAGGAUGGGCAUUUCCACAUGGCUCUAGGCUCUGCCCAGUAGACUUCCUUGUGUCCUACAAAGAUCACUAAUGGUGAAAUGGAACAAGCACUACAGAACUAACCCCUAUUGGGGUUCUUCCUUAAGGGGGAUAAUUUUUAACUUGGGUUGUUUGCAGUGUGAAUUCCUCAAGAGGCCCUCUGAGUAUUGUUCCUGGUGUAAAUCGCUUGUGCCUGGCUUUAAAAAGACUGAUCAGAAUGUUCUUCAUGUAGCUUACAUGGUUGGUCCAUUUCUUGUGAUUCUUGACCUGGUUUUAUUUCUACCCAUACUACAAUGAAAUGUUUCACUGAUUAAAAAAAAAAAAGUUUAUAUAAAGUUGCA